GACGCUGUAAGCCAGCGUCGAGCGUCAUCAUUAAAUUUAAAUUUUUAACUAAUUUAGAAAACAAAAAUUUCAAUUACAAUUCCCUUGAGUAUAGAUGACUCACAAUACAGUCCUAGUGAUUAUAGAGUUUUCUAUAGUUGCGUCAAAAAUAAAAAUUAACCUUAAACUUCCAAAGACAAAUCAAAACAAAGUAAAUUACAUAAACAUCAUACAAUGAACCAGUGAAUCCCACGAUUUUUAUAAUUGUAGGAGUUUAACAGAUAAGUUAUUAGAUUUUAUUUUGUUUAAUAUAUUUAAAAAAUGACCAUAUCCACGCCUAAUUCACCGACAUGUUCGGGACCAGAAUAUACAAAGAAACACGUAAAAUCAUUGUUGAAAAAUUAUAUAUUCGUCGGCGAAUUUAAGGAAAAACGAUUUGUCGAUACAAUAAAUGCUUAUAGAGACAUAAUAACAGUGAGUCCACAAGAAAAAGAUUUCAUUGAGAAUUUGAUGGCCGUAAAAAGAAAAUUGGAUUUAGAAAUAGUUUAUAAAUCAUGGAUUGGUAUCACAACUCCGAAAACGAUUGGAGCUCCAGUAGGAUAUAAUCUAUGGGUUGUAUUACCACAAGAAGUAUUUGGAACUUAUUGGUAUCGUGUGAAAACUGUGGAAUUUUUUGCAGAUGAAAUACGAUUAAAAUUGGAUAUAAUAAGACCUUACCAAAGAGAAUCAACUCCGCUAAGAAACUCAGACGAAUCAGAAGUAAGUGUUAGUAUGAUUUAUCAAGAAAAAACGAAAAUUAUUAAAGAAAAUAUUUUGUACUUCUUUAGGCAUAUAAUGACUCUGCAUAAUACGAAAGAAGUAUUAAUUUUUUUAUGUGUAUUAGCUAGUACUUUGUUUUUAGGAUUGAUAAGCGGGGUAAAGUAUUUAUUAGAGUAUUUGUUAUUGUUAAUUCGAGAAAUUUCAAUUUUUAUUACAUCUAUUAGUCCUUUAUUUAAUGCCAUGUUGCAAAUGAUUACCAAAUGUAUUUUUGGAUUAUAUCACUUGGUCUUUAUGAUAUUCGGAAAACCUACUCCUGUUUAUAAUAAUUACUUAAACUUGAAUCCUCAAAAUGAAUUUUCUGACUCAAGGGUAAGGUAUAACACUUAUUUUAAAAAUAGGGCACUACCAUAUUAUCCAACUGACCAGAGAAGAGGACCAACUAUUACUCCUUUAGAUUAACAGAUAAUACAUUUUAUAUAUAGUGGCGACUAUUUUGAAAUAUUCAAAUAAGGGAAUAGUAUAGUUUAUUUUUCACAUUACAGCAUUUAUAUCAUUGUUGACUGUUUUGAUAUUUUGUACCUUAUCAAUGUAUUCCUUAUCAGGUUUUCACUCUGUCACAUUUUUGUACAAUUUUUUCGUUUCCUUUGCCAAUUUGUUCUGUUUUUUUUUUUAAAAUUGUGUAAACUAUAUGUUUGGUUUUAGUCCAUAAAAAAUUUAAAAUAUCCAGUUUUGGUUUUACGCUUUUGUGAACUACUCAAUUUUUGUGUAGGUCACUAUUUUUUGCAUCAUUCUAAUUUACUUUUGAUUCAUUUUUGUCAUAACUUGUUUGUUUGAUGUAGUUGAUUUGUGUCUUCAAUUUCACUAACAUUUAUAACAGUUUCUAGUUUAGAUUUUUGGUUAUCAAGGAUAUGUAUCCAUACAUAGAUUGAUUUUUUAUUGUAUAAAUACAAUUAUGUAACUAUAAACUAUAUAUUUAUGUAAUGAAUUGAUUUUCUCAAAAAAAAACAGCUCUUAUUUCUGUAUUAUUUGAUUUUUUGACUUUAUUAUAUUAAAAUGCAUCUGUAUGCUUUUAUAAUAUAUGCAUUAUAUUUGGA